UGCUAAUUGAUUUUUUAGCUACUUCUAUUUCAAACCGUCAAACUCACUGCAAACGUAAAUGUAAAGGACAUAAAUUUAAAUAAUCUGGCAAGUGUGGUUAUUGUUUAUGGAGCUGACAAAGAUGGGAGAACGAGUGUUCGCUGCCGAAUGUAUUCAGAAGCGACGAGUACGCAAAGUAAGUUUGAAUUCGAUAUAACUGUAAUAUAUUCCCAUAAAUAAUUUUCGGAUAAAAUAUUAAAAAGAUACACUUUUUUAAAAUUGCUAAAUAAUCGCGUCUAUGAUAUUUGAGCAUCAAUAUUAUUAUGUUGGUUCUCAUAUUAUAUUUCAAUAAUUUCAAUUCAGAAUUCAAUUCAUUACAAUAACAUUAAUUAAAUUUUGAUUAAAAUUUAAAUCACUUUCUAACGCCUGCUUACGGUUUAGUUUAAGUUUAGUAGACUUAAUUAACAGUAGUAAGUAGAGAAGCCCUACACAUCAGCUUGUCUUUAGUUACUAGUAAGUCUAAGCUAAAGACGGUCAGAUUAUGUGUCAACUACAUCUCUUCUCCCAUAGGCCCUUAGCCUUAGGCUAUUUAAUUAUUAUUAUUAUUAUUGGGGGUUGGUCGGGUCCACGAUUGAACACUAAUUACUGAUGGUUAACUUUAUAGUCUACUACUUUCUACCUACUAAUCUCUGACAUGCAUUCAAAUAAGACAAAUGCUACAUUACAGAAUUACAGGGUAGUGAGACCCCCGAAAUUUCAAGACAUUUGGGUUAAAGUUGUAUUUAUUUUGUACAUAAAACUCUUAAUGUCAAUGUAAUAUUAAUAUAUCCUAAAUCUUCCAUCUAGAUAAAUAAUUUGAUUGAAUAUGUGCCUUAGUAAAGUCUUAGAUUUUACAUGCCAAAUCCCACCUCAAAGACAAAUGUUUGGUUAAUACAUUAUUUGAUGUGUUGCUUAAACUUAAACUUAUAAACUUAAGCAUACAGUGCCUAAGGUCAUCAAAAUCAUAAUUUUUUGUUCAUAUUCAUGGUCAUGGUGUAAUUUAGGUGGUAUAACUUAUAACAUGAUCCGUAACCAUAUAUUAUGCAAACCCUUAACUUUUUUGUCAAAAUCCUUUAAAUUAUUAUAUUUAAAAUGAACUAUGGUCUUAGAAUAGUUUUUGGCUAAUCCUAGUUACAAUUGCCAAGACUUAUUUUCCAGUGAGUGACUUCCUUUGUUUAUUUUUACUAAAUUAUUUUAGGGAUCGAUUUAGGGUUCAGGUUAAGCAUAGGGAUCGAUUUAGGGUUCAGGUUAGGCAUAGGGAUCGAUUUAGGGUUUCAGGUUAGGCAUAGGGAUCAAUUUAGGUUUCAGGUUAGGCAUAGGGAUACAUGACUUCACGUGACGUGUUAACCAAGAUGGCGGCCAUUGAGAAAAUAGUGGCAAUCGUAGUCAAAAUUUACCUAUUUUUUUAUACUACUCUGCAUAAGUCGAAAAAUAUUGAUAAAACAUGAUGCACAAUAUGGCGGCAUAUGGCUAUGUGGUAUUUUUGGAAAAUUGAAUACUACGUCACAUUUGCCUCAGAAAUAAUUGCGUCCUCAUCAGUGGCACAUCAGUUUUUGUGUUCCAGAGAUUCUAUGAUUAUGAAAUUUGUGGCAAGAGUUUUUUUUGUGUGUGUCACAGACAGGAUUAUCAUAACGAUUCGGAGUUUUCGAGAAACUUAAUCCAUUUCCAAGUUGGGGCUUGGAAUCAAAAUGUACCCAAAUAAAAUGUUAAUUUUAUUCACUCGAGAUGCCGGCAAUGGUUCUUAUCUCCGUCAAUUAUGAAGAGAUUUGUUAUUGUUGAAUCCCUAAACAUCUGAUUAAUUCUAAGAAGUUUAAAAUGAAUAAUUUUACACACUGUAAGUUUAAGAAAAGAUUAUAACCAAAUUUGAAAAGUUUUGCGAAGCGACUAAGGCUUGCUUUUUAGUUUUAUUACGUUUAAAAAAAAUUUGUAUCCAUUUUAUCAGUUAUUUAUUAUUGAAUCAAUAAUUAAUAGUUUAAUAAUGGUAAUAAAAAUAAUAAUUGCUAUUCUCUUAUUAAUGACUUCUCAUAUUGGAGAAUAUUACUAAAAUUUAACUCAUAUAAAUAAGUUAUAACAAUAACAGUUAUUAUAAUUCUAUAGAUACGUCUUAGAUUGUAUAGUCCUAAGCCUAAUAUUAUUAUUUUACUACUAUUGCACUUACAGGCCAAAUUAAAGUUAAUAUUUUUUUUAAUUUUAAAGGGUAUUUAAUUAUACAUUUUAAUUUUAAUUAAUUAAUUUAAUCUUAUAUUCUAAUACAUUUAUUUACUGUCUUUCUUAAGUCUUAACUUUUAGUCUAGAGUCUAGGCCAUAUCAUAAAAUUAAAAUUUGAAUUAUUGUAAAAUUAUUGACAUAACAUUUGUCACGAGCUUCUUCAAGCUAAGUGACGCUUAGGCCUAAAUUCUACACUUUUUCUGACACCACCUUGUUUGUACAAAACAAGGAAACACACUAAAAAAUACAAUAAACAAAGAAGUCUUCAAUUAACUUAAAAUAGCUAAGACUAAUUUAUUAUAUAAAACGUAUAAGCAACUGACAUGAAGCAAACUAUGCAUACACCCAAACAUAUGAUGCAAUGAAUUAUUAAUUAUGUUAAAAGAUACACUAAGACACUUAUGAUGGUUGUCUUUUAACCUCAAUCAUUCAAAGCACAUCUGCUGACUACUACUGCACGAUACAGGCACUUUAGUUUACGACUCCCUCGACACGCUACGGACUCUAAUGGAGGAGUCUUCGGCCUAGCGUCUCGUCGCUGCUCUGUAUGGAAUAAUGCACGUUCGUCUCACUGCCAAGUGCUUGAGAUGAUCGGCCUGCUAGUAUCUAGUGUCGACAAUAUAAAGGCCGACUAUUCCUGAAAUAUAUGAAUAAAUCCCCUACAUCAUGUGAUCAAUCCUACUUCCAACUAGAUACUUAACGUAGUCUUCUAAACUACUAACGUCUACCUAACGUAACAAUCAAUCACACAAACUACCCUAAAGCUUUCUUAUCCACACACCUUACAUACACUUACCUCUCUAUGUUGACUCUAUGACUCUCUGGCACAAGGUAAGUCCAAGUCUAAUUCUUUCCCCUCUCUCUCUAAUGUUCUUCAAAGAGUGGCUAUAGAUACAUGCAUAUGCACUUGCCCACGCUACCCUGAUUCUAAUUAUUCCCUGGUCCCAUCCUUGUCCCUCUCACGUAUCAUGACCUCAAAGGUCGGUGGUCACUAAAUCAUUGGCUGGCAUCGGUGCCCACAAAGAGACGGACUCUACCUGGACGAAUCCUAACGGUGUUGCACUGGGAUAAAUCUUCUAAAAUAACUUAAUUAUGCAUGCCCCCAACCCUGUUUGAUACUGGCCGCAGGAGACGCGAUCUUAUCCUCGCUAGCGGCACGCUCUUCCCACGACCCUGCUGACCGACGCUAAUAGUCACUCUGUGACAACAGCCUUGUUUAAAAUUAGAUAAUAUAUAAAUUAGCCUAUGAAAUUUUUAUUAAAAGACAUAAAAUAAAUAAGACUCAAAAAAAUUAUUUAAAAUAUAUAUAUAAUUACUACAAUUAAAUAAAAUACUACAUAUAAAAUAUAUAUAUAAUAUAUAUAUAUAUAUAUAUAUAAUUACUAUUAUGUAGUAUUUUAUAGUUUAUUAGGACCUAGAAAAGCAGUUUAUAUAGACAAUAUUUAAUAUGUCAAAUAACAUUGAAAAAAAGAAAGGAGUUUUUAUUACCACAAAAAUUGAAUGAUAUUAAAUAGAGACUAGAAAUUUUGUAGAUUCAGGAUUAUGAUUAGCUGUAAUUUCUAGGCUUCUUUCAGGUAUAAGAGAAAAUUAAGAACUCUGUGGAGUCUCUCCAUUGACAAUGAGCCACAUUUGGAAGUAGAUGGCAAAGAUAAAGUUUAUGAAGGAGAGAUUGUGGGAUUCAUAAAUAAGUACAAGAAGUCUGUAGAGCAGAUACAUAGAAAAUGAUAGAGAGAACAUCCCCAUUACCAUUUAAAAUUGAAUCACAUACCUGUACAGGCCUAUGGGUGAUUUUAUUAGUUUUUAUUUAUAAAUUCAUUAAUUCAAUUUUAUAUUUUUAAAAAAGACUUCUACCCACCUUUAUAACUAUAAGAAUUGCUUUAAAAUAUAACUGAAGAAUAUUUUUAACUAAAAUUCAAUUACAUUAUUUUUAUUUUAUUUUUACCUUUACAAAUAAUUUUUCUGUUCAUGAUUUUUUUAACAUACCCUCUAAUAAAAUUAUCUUCAAUAAAAAGUCUUUAUGUCAAUUAAAAGUUUUUUUGUUCUUUGUGUUGUCUAUUAGAUUGUGAAUGUCGCCUGAAAAUAUGGUGCAGUUAUCUUUAAAAAUAAAAAUGUGGGCAAAAUAAUACAGAAAUGUGAAAAGUUGGUCAUAAUUUUUUGGGGUAAAAUAUAUAGCUUGUGUAAGGGGCUUUAGAAUAAUACCCCCCCCCCCCUCCUCUUAAAUAUAUUUAAAAAAUAUAAAAAAAAAAAAAAUGUGGGCAAAAAAAUACAGAAAUGGUAAAAGUUGGUCAUAAUUUUUUGGGGUAAAAUAUAUAGCUUGUGUAAGGGGUUUUAAAAAAAUACCCCCCCCCCCCCUCCUCUUAAAUAUAUUUAAAAAAUAUAACUCCACUUCUAUAAUGAUAGUAAGAUCAAAUUGUUACUUUUGGAAAGCUCAUAGCUAACCUUUUAAUAUUAUUAUGAUGUAUCUUUUACUUUGAUUGCAAUCCACAAUAUUUAUAAUUUCUGUCACAGUACCUACCUACUAGUUGUACCGAUACAACUAUGCUAAUAUCCUGUCAAGGUGCUACUAACAUUAUUAUUAUUUGAUUGAUGCACGCCAAAUGCGAGUGGGUCAAGUAGAUAUUAUUGCUUAGUAUGUAUCAUUUAAUAUAAAAAUUGAUUACAUGCAUGUAUUAUCCGAACCCAAAAUUUCUCAUGAUAUCUUGUAAUGGGGUGCACUGUAAUUUGUUGAUUGUAUUUACUAUUUCAGCUGCUUUAUUUACAAGAAAAAUGCCAUGGCAUAAAACUAACACAAUUAUAUAACAAUAUCCAAGGCUAUCGAGCUAUUCAAGGGAGAAUGAUUUCGACUAAUACACUUAAAAUAGUGUAUCAAUGAUCAUAUAGAAUAAAUAAUAUGAUAAAAAAAAUCCUUAUAAUUUCCACAGGAGUGUCAUUUAAUGUUGUUUCCACCUCAUUUAAAAAAAAUUUAUUUCUGACCCAGUAGCGCAAUGCAUUGAUAACACUUCUCAUUAUUCUAUUCAUUCCUCGUCAGCUAUUUUGGCCAUUCUUGACUUUCACAUGUGGAUCACUAGGUUUUAUAUUUAAUGCAUUAUGUAGCCUUCUGCUGAAAAUUUUGUCUUCCUUUACUGGGAUGAUACACAUUUGUGUACAGUGGUCUGCCACCCCUGUCUUAAUUAUUUCAUUUGCUCUGCUGCAUAUUUUUAAAUCUGAUUGUACAUUAGAACUGGUUAUUAAAGUUAUAUAGUAAGGAAUCCAUAAUCCUAAAAAUUUGAAUUAAGUAUACAUUGGCUAAUGCCUCUGCCAAUAGCAAAUCCUUUGCCUUUGCUAUAGUCAUUUGUUAAUUGAGUCUCAACCAUUUUCUUUUCCAGGCCAAGGUGGAAUAUUUUGUCAAAUGGAAAGGAUGGUCUAUAAAGUAAGUUUUUAUGAUGUCAAUCUCAUAUGUAAUGCAAUUUAAUGUUGUGUUAAAUAACACGCGGGUGGGGUAUUUCAAACACUGACCGCUAUAAUUUCGUACUUAUUUUAUUUGAAAAAUAAUUUCGUACUUAUUUUAUUUGAAAAAUAAUAUUUAAAAUAUGGUGUUGCAAAUUCGACCAUGCAAAAACACUUCUGAGAGAGUUGCAUUGGCUGCCGGUGCGUGCUCGCAUAGAGUACAAAAUCGCAACUUUGUGCUACCGCUGCUUACAUGACCUGGCGCCGUCCUAUCUGAAAGAGCUGCUGACGCCUUAUGUACCCACUAGAGAGCUCCGCUCAUCCGAUAGUGGCAAACUCUCGACACCACAUGUUUGCCUUGAGACUUACGGAAAGCGCACUUUCGCAUUUGCUGGUCCAACAAUUUGGAACGCCCUUCCUGUCAAUCUCAGAAACAACCAGACACUGGAGUCCUUUAAAACUGAUCUAAAGACACAUCUAUUUCGCAAAUACCUUCUGGGAUGAUUGUCUACCUUAUUUUCCAGGUAAUGCAUAAUGGCUGUGUUGCUCCGGGUUGAAAUGGCUAGAAAGAAUUUGAGAUUGUAUGCUUGUAAUUAGUUUUUGUAGUGUUGCGUUUGUUUUAAAUGUGGUAAAUUAUAGAUAUGUUUUUUGUUGACUUUGUACCGCGCUUCGAGCCUUUGGGGAUGAAGCGUGUUUUUUAAAUGAACUUUAUUAUUAUUAUUAUUAUAUAAAUUGUUAUUAAGCAUACAUUUCUUAAUUCAGACAACUACUAAUGCUUUUUCCAUCAGAUAUAACACCUGGGAGCCUGAAGAGAACAUCUUGGAUCAUCGCCUUAUUGAGCAGUUCAAGUGAGCUCUAAUUUAGUUGAUGUAAAAUAUAAACAUGUUAUGGGUGAUUUUUUUUAUCAUAAAAUAACAGAAUCAUUGGAUUAGUUCUGGUUAUGUAAAUAUAGUCAGUUGUAAACAUCUGAUUUUAAAAAAAAGCAUAGUUUUUGUGUUUUUUUUAUUUAUUCUUAAAAUUUAGGUUACCAUUUGAUUUUUUAUAAGCUUGAGAGUGGUUGCCAUUGGAGAAUUAAAUAAAUAUUUUUAUCAAUUUUUUAAAAAAUUGCAACAUCUCUAAGUUGUUAUGAAUGGUCUAUGUUCAGCCUGACCAUACAGUUGGUAAAAAAAAGUAAAUUCUGAUUUACUCUGCAGGAGAGAAAGUACAGGGGGAGGCAAGAGAGGACCCAAACCAAAAAAGAGAAUUCAGGUAACUUAUUUUUUGAGAGUUAUAUUUAUCAAUGUAGUAUUGCUGUGUGGUGUUAAAAAGUGAUAUUUUUCUAUCUUCUUUUUGCAAUGUAAUUAGUUUAGUUAUUGUAGUUAGAAUAAAAUAUUAUGAUAAAAUUUUUCUUGAAUUUUUUUUAACAAUAUGAAAACAGAUUUGACUAAAAACAAUUUAAGAAAAGUAAUUUAAUGACAAUGGAAGGAACAUUAUCCAUUACAGAUAAGUGGAGAAAUUACUCCACAUUUAAUCAGAGAUUUGUCUUGGUUUAGUUAAUUUAUACUAAAUCUAUUUUUAACAUUAUUACGAAAUAGGAAUACAUUUUCCAAAUAUACAUGUGUGUGAAUGGGUUGAUCUAUUUCAUGUAAUAUCUACCUGAACUUAAAUUAUUAUAUGAAAUAUUUAAAUUUUAGGAAAAUACAGAAGAUACAGGAGAAAAUUCAGAUGAAGAAGAUGAGGAAGAAGAUGAUGAGGAUGCAGAGGACACCAAUAGCUCAGAAGAUGAAUCCAGUGAAACGAGUGUUGAGGCCUCCAAACCACGAAAAGACAUUACCCACAGGUCUGCCAGCCCUGCACGUUCAGACAGAGAUCGGGACAAAGAUCAAGACAAAGGUGGUGGUAGGGACAAGUUGGGCCAUCCAUCCACGUCAAAGUCUUUAGGUUCACAUGCACCUGCAAAACGUCGACCUGGAAGACCACCCAAAAAUCCUAGUCAUCCCAGUUAUGUUCCACCAUCCAAGAAAUUAAAAAUUCAACCCAGCCAUUCCAAGCUGAAAACUGUAAAAAAAACUGGUCCUAAAAAACGACAGUUAAAAGUUAAGCAGACCUCCAGCACAUCACAUCAGAAUACCCAACAGACUAAAAAUAGUGACAGCAGUGCAACUAAUACAGUUGCUGAAACACAUUCUAAAAACAAUGACAAAGAAAAGGAAAAUACUUCCAAAAGUGACAACAGUGCAGGCACUGUUAAAAAUAGUGCCAAAUGUGACAACAACCUCUUAAUUAAAAGCACUACGACUGGAGCUAAAACAGUUGAUAACGGAGUUUAUGACUUUCCAUCUGACGACUGUGAUUCAAACAAGGGGUCGCUGUCCAGUAACUUGCCCAAAAGGAGUGCACCUGGAAAGAAAUACUGGGUGCCCAUGGAAUACUUCAAGCCUGUGGUAGACAGUGUUGUCAUAACAGAUGUGGACAUGUCCAGUAGCAUGAUCACAGUCAGAGAAUGCUCUUUUGAUAAGGGUUUUUUCCUCUAGUUGUGUUUUAACAUUUGUUAAAAUUUGCAUUUGAAAUCAAGGGCAUAAUGGUACUCAUAGAGGGGCUACCAGUCAAUUCCCAUUGAUUCAACUAAAUGACUAAUCCAGAUUUAGUAAGUCCUUAAUUUUGCAGGUUUCCCUUUCUUAUCACUGGAGCGAUAGUGGCUAAGUAUUAUAAUUUAAUUAAUUAUACUUAUUUAGCCAAAUCCUAAUUAAUGUGAUCAUCCAUUUUCAUCCAAUUUGAAUAUAAUAGUUUUGUUUUUUUUGUUUUUUUGUAUGGUUAUUAAUUCUUUUUUUUUUUUUUUUUUUUUCAAGUGGGGUGGGGGUGUCUAUACCCAAUUACUUUUUAAGAACUAUUUUUGUUAGUCCAUAAAUAGCAAUAUAAUGUUAAUGAAUAUGAUGUGGACAAGCAUUAACUGUACAUACAUACAUUUUAUUGAGGUUAAAUUGAAUAUUUACCAUGUCUCAAUGUUUCAUAUAGAAUUUAUUUCUAUAAAAUGGAUUGAAGUAUUGAUCUGUCAAUUUGUGUUUUAUAGGAUUAUAGAGGUUUAAGGUUCUCCACCAGCCACUAGGGAUAUUGACUGGUGGUCAAUAUUUUGUGAGCCACAUUGAGAAUGAAGGGUUUUAUGGAAUUUGUUGUUACACAAUUGACCUUCUGGAAAUAGUUGAAUCUAUUUUCAUCUGAGUCCAGUGUGAAAGAGAAAGCGUGUGGGUUUUAUAAAUUAUUGUGCAAAAUUUUCAUGAAAUGAAAUCUUUUCAAUUUUAUUUUGCGCUGCUGGCAGCUCUUAUAUUGAUAGUGGUGGGCAUUUUAUUCUAUCUUCUAAACUGGGAAAACUAAAUGAUCACUUUGUUUACCCCUUGGAUGGUGUAUCACUGUUGGUGUCAGGUUGACCAUGUUAUCCCUAAGCUUCACCCUGCAUACCCAUGCCCCAAAGCCUCCAGAGAGGAUUUGACCAACAAUAGUGUCUUAAAGUCAGAGCAAGCAUGCGAGUACCCCACAUCCCACUCGUGAGCUCUUCAAGGCUCAACUUGUGAGAUGAUUUUAUCUUAGGGGGUAAGGCCCUGUAAUCAUUUGGUGUAUCAAUUAAAUUAAAUAUGAAAAACUAUCUUUGAACUAGAGUAACACUCCAAUAUGUUGUGUUAAUUUAGCUGAUUAGAAAAACAAAUCAUUGCUCCUAGCUACAUGUUUUUGUGUGUCCUGCAUUCACUUGUUUUAUGGCUAAUGAUGAUGAUUACUAUCAGUAUAAGAAGUGCUCAUAAUUGUCUCCUUAAUUAAAAAGAUCUGAUUCAAUAUAAGCCUAUGUUUUGUUCAUGUUAUUUUACUAUAAAUAACUUCAAUCAUCAUCCUUGAUUUUAAAACAACAUUUAGUUCAGAACUUUACAAACUGUUAGAGGCAUCCCGCAGGGUAAACAAAAGUUUCAGUGGAAUAUUAUGCCACAUCUAGCUGACCUUGGUCAAACCACUUAGUAAUAAAUGUUUGCAGAAGCUUUGAAGAAUUGUUUCUUGUUGGUGUGCUUUAUCACAAAUAAUAUGUCUCUAUGUAUGUAUGGGUAUAAGGCUCUGUUCAACAGUGCAAAAAAUACAAUUCUCCAAAAGUGCACUAAACAGCUUUUAAGUUUGUGUUCAAUGGUGGCACAGGAUACAAAUACAAUUUUUUAAUUGGAUUCUUAAAAACUCUUGAUUUUUUAAAUAGGGUAAUUGAACCAAUUAAAAUCUGGCAAAAUAAAUAUAUUUUAGGCUUAGAUUCUUUAAUGUGCAAGUCAUAUUUUUAUAAAUUAGACAUAAAUUUACUAUAAAAAAAAUUCCCAGAAGUAAGAAUUUUGGAUUCUUGUAAAAGUGCAUUACUUUUCUUGAAUGCAUGUUUUGUCAAAUAACUUUAACAGGUGUAAAAUUAAGCCAUUGGGGAUUAUUUGUUGAAUGUUUUUGUAUACAAAUAGCUAUUUUUCACAUUUAUUUAAGGUUGAUUUAGUUUUCAGGGAUAGUUUUGAGAGAUUUAGUUUGAUCAGAAGUACCGGUAAUGUUAUUUUAGACUCACAUACCUGAGCACAUUGUUUUUAAUAAUAAUAAUAGUAGAUGUACGACAGUUUCAUAGCAUAAAUUAAUUAUUACUGUUAUUAUUUAUUUUAAGUUGCAUUGAUUUAGAAUUUAUUCUCAAUACUAGCGUUUGAGAAAAGGGUGGUGAGAGAUAGUUGACAUGUCUUGACACACACUUCAGAUAUUUAUAAUGAAAUAUUCUGAAAGUAAAGUUAUUGAAGUAUUUCUUCUUGUUUGUGGUUUUAAAAAAUGAGAUGGAAAACGUUAAAAAUAUAUUGUGUAGUUCAUUCGUUAAAAUGUGACACAAGCAAAAUCUGGGGACAUGCUGUGACUCUAAAAAGCUUUGAACAUCAGGUUUAAAUCAACACAUUAACCUUGUAUGAUUUUUGUACUAAUUAUGGGCCAGAAGUUAAGAUCUUUAUUUUUUUUCAAUAUGCUUGGAAAUUGAUAAAGUUUAAAAUAAAUGUUUAAGUCUAAAAUUUUCUUCUUCACCUUUGAAUACUCAGUCAUUUAAGUCAACAAGAGUUUGUCAUGUAUUGCUGAAUCAUUGCAUGUUGUUGCCAUGUAACUUAAAAAUUUUUAGUUCAUUAGUACCAGUAUAAAUCUACUGUGAUGCAUUCCAUCUGAUACAUACCUUCAGUACCGGUAAUAGACCAUUAGCAUUUAUUUGAUAAUCACUAAUUUGUGCGAAGUUUUUGUACAAUUUAAUAUAAUUAAAGGUUGAUUUAUUAUUGUUGAGAUUUCUUGAAAUAAAAUAGAAAGGCUAAAACUCAUAAUUUCAUCUCUGUGUUGCAAGUGUGUAGGUUUUUUUAAGGGUUAACAACCAGGCUUUUCAGUUAGCAUCUCUCCACCCACUUAGAAUUCUUGUUACAUUUUUAUUUUUGGAUGUAUAGUGUUUUUGUUCACUCAAAAGGAUAUAAAUUUUAGGGUGCCAUUUACAUUUACUGACUAAAACAAUAAAGCUCUGGUGAUUGAGUUAAUUUAAAAUCAGCAUCUAAUAAAAUUCCCAUUAUUAUUUCCUCUUUGUCAUUUUAAAAUAACUAUUACAGACUACUG